CCUUCUCCUUUUGACUCCAGCCGUCAAAUGAUGCGGUUGUUGUUUUGAGAGACUAGCAUACAUGGCUAUGAAUAGAAAAUUUUACUCAUCUUUCCGUAACCCGGAUGAUAAUAUGUACUUAUUUCUCUCUCUUGGUUGCCUUUGAUUCUCUUUCCAUUAAAAAAAAAUAUAUGUUCCCUACACAACCGUCCAUCCCUUCCUUGUUCCACACUUUUACCCUGUGACCAGUGGUUCGAUUCGAAAUUUGGAACGGCUCCCUGGAAGAAGCAAGCCAUGAAAACGAUAGCAGGGUAUCACACUUCUCCAACGGGGAAAAAAAAUGAUGUUGGUCUACCUUCUUUCUUUUUCUAUUGCUCCGUUAGCUUUGAUAUACCAUCCUACUAGAAGCACUCUUCGUCCAUGGCGGAUGAUGAAAAAGAAGACAACGAGAAGCAGAAAUGGAGAAGCUACCGGUGGUUUUACAACUUCGUCCCGUCCCUGCAAUCGCAGCUGUUGAAGAUCGAUUCUAGAAGAAGUUCAGAUUUCCCAAGGCCUGGGAGUCGUCGAUGCCCAUUAACCUCUUCUUGACCACACAAGCGCAGUCAGUGAGAGCCCUUCUUUGCUCUAGCGGUACCCAUGUCACAGCCGACGCCCUUCGAUGCCUUCCCUCUCUUCAAUGCAUCGUCACUGCCAGCGCCGGUCUCAACCACAUCGAUUUGGCCGAGUGUCGGCACAGGGGCAUUGCCAUAGCCAAUUCUGGCGACUCCUUCUCUGAAGACACUGCUGAUUAUGCAAUUGGGCUCUUUUUUGAUGUCUUUAGACAAAUCUCUGCCGGCGACCGGUAUGUUCGUCAGGGGCUUUGGCCUAUCAAGGGCGAGUAUCCUCUAGGCUCCAGGUUAGGAGGUAAACGAGUGGGGAUUGUAGGCUUAGGACAUAUAGGCUCUGAAGUUGCAAAAAAGGUUGUGGCCUUUGGCUGCAGUGUUUCUUACAACUCUAGGAAGAAGAAGAUGUCUAUGGCAUUUCCAUACUAUGCGGACGUCCGUGACCUUGCAGCUAAUAGUGAUGUUCUCAUCCUUUGUUGUGCAUGGACCAAGGAAACACACCACAUUGUUAACAGAGAUGUGUUGUUGGCACUGGGAGAGAAAGGGGUUAUCAUUAAUGUUGGACGGGGGGCUCUUAUUGAUGAGAAGGAAUUGAUUCGGUGUUUAAUGCAAGGAGAAAUUGGAGGUGCUGGUCUGGAUGUGUUUGAGAAUGAGCCGGAUGUGCCCAAAGAGCUUCUUACAUUAGAUAAUGUUGUAUUGUCACCACAUAUAGCUGUGUCGACGCCAGAAUCCUUUCUGUCAUUGCAGAAUUUGCUGGUGGCCAAUUUGGAGGCAUUCUUCUCCAAUAAACCGUUGGUUUCAGUGGUGAAGGAUGAAUUGAGAAUACCUUCCUUGAUGUAAUCAAAGAAGAGGAUUCAAAGGAUGAUCAAAUCAACAACAACAACUUUGGUCAUCAAGGAUUACACUUAAUAUUUUAUAAAUGACUGUUAUGCAGUUCUCUCAUGAAGAGAUUUGAAUAUUGUCCCUGCUCAAAUUUCCUCAUACACAAAAUGUCAACUUCGUAGUCUUCAGAAAAAUUGUAUAUUUAAGAAAUGCAGAAACAUGAAGUUGUAACGGACUCUUUUUAUACCAUUUAUUUUCAGAGUUGCUUGGGGAAAGUA